AUGUGUGAUCUGUUUGACACGCUCACUUUCAUGAUAGAAGACCUCCCUCAAAUAAGGAGUCUAAUUGCGUGGUUGGCACUGGUUCCUCAGAGGGCAGAGCCCCAACAGGAGUUCAGGGCUGAGCAUGGAGAAAUUCAGGGCUCCUGGGGCACCUGGGGGUCCUGGUCAACCUGCUCCCGGACCUGUGGGAGAGGGGUACACGAGCAGAGCAGACCCUGCCUGCCUGUUUACACUCCAUCCCUUUAUCCCUCGAGAAGAGCUGGAGUUUAUCCUCAGCAACCUGGCCAUGUCAUCUCAGCCCUGCAGCCAUCAGUUCCUCUGCAUCGCGACACAGGCAGGCCUUCCAACAGCAGCAGUCGUGGUGAGCUGACGAGAGAGACCCGACCAGGUGGACAAAGGGUCAGUCAAAUCAUCCCAGGGAGGUAUGGCUACGGGAGAGCUCCUUAUGUCGCUCCAUUGCAGAAGGACCCAGGCUAUGGGUCUGGGACGGCUCGCCCCCACAGACAGAGACGCUCCGCUGCGGCUGAUGCCCACCAUUCUGCCGCUAGAGGCCAAGGUGUCCACAGGUCGAACAACCUGGGCCCCCCUCACAACCUCCGUCGCUACAGCAGACCCUACGUGCAGCCCAGGCCACAGCAGCCCACAAAUAACCAAGUCUGGGCCCCCCUCUACCAGCCUGGUUCAGCCAACCAAGCUGAGGAGCAGGAGCUACAACCAGGCAGCCAGACCUCUGGGCCCCAGCAACACCACGAGAGACCCUAUAACCCUUUACCUACUUCUUUCUGUACAGGAGAGUCCGCUCGCUACAGGAUCUGCAACAGUAAUGCCUGUCCUCCAUCCAGCAGACACAUCAGGGCUGUUCAGUGUUCUUCUUACAACAACCAACCUUUCAUGGGCAGACUGUAUGAGUGGGAACCUUUCAAUGAGGUUCCUGGGGAUCAGCAUUGUGAACUCAACUGCCGGGCCAUAGGGUUCAGGUUCUACGUGCGGCAGUCAGACAGGGUGAUUGAUGGGACGCCAUGUGGACAGAACGACUCCUCUCUCUGUGUGGCGGGAAAGUGUACGAGUCUAGGCUGCGAUGAGUAUCUCGGAUCAGGAAAAGUGAUGGACAAGUGCGGCGUGUGUGGAGGUGACAACACAACCUGCAGGCUGGUCUCUGGAGUCUUCAAACACAGUUUGACCAAGAUUGGCUAUCACAAGAUAUUAGAGAUCCCAGAGGGAGCCACCAAGAUCAACAUCACAGAGAUGGUGAAGAGCCGCAACUACCUAGCUCUCCGAAGCCGAUCGGGGCGAUCCAUCAUUAAUGGAAACUGGGCUAUUGACCGACCAGGGAAGUACGAAGGAGGGGGGACCAUGUUCACCUACCGCCGACCUAAUGAAAUCACUAGUAGAGCAGGGGAGUCUUUUCUCGCUGAAGGGCCCACCAAUGAGAUCCUGGACGUUUAUAUGAUCUUCCAGCAGCCGAACCCUGGUGUGCAUUAUGAAUACAUUCUCCCCUCUGAAAAACCAGUUGACCCUCAGCAACCAAACUACAGACCAGAAGGGAGCACUGUGAAUGGGCAGGGCGGGUACGACCAUCACAGCAACACUCACCAGGAAAACUUCAAGCCAGCAGGCGGAGGGAGGUACCCUCCUCAUCUUCCCGACAACCAGGUACCCGCCGUUCAGCCGCCCAGACGUGAGAAAGAGUACAACUGGAAACUGACGGGUGCUACCGAGUGCAGCGCCUCCUGUGGUAAAGGAUUCAGAUAUUCUGUCUUUCAAUGUGUCCACCGGCUGAACCACGUCCAGGUAUCGGAUGCUUUGUGUGACAGCAGCAGCAGGCCGAGUCCACAGGAAGAGGCCUGCAGCCUGCAGCCCUGCCCAGCAUUCUGGGAUAUUGGAGAGUGGUCAGAAUGCAGCAAGACCUGCGGCCUGGGCAUGCAGCACCGGCAGGUCCUGUGUCGCCAGGUUUACGCCAACCGCACCCUCAAUGUCCACACGAGCCGCUGCCGACACCUGGAGCGCCCGGAAACCGCCAGCACCUGCCAGCUGAAGAUCUGCAGUGAGUGGCAGAUCCGCUCCGAGUGGACCGCUUGCUCUGUGCCAUGUGGGCUGGGUCAGAGGUCACGAGAGGUGCGCUGCGUCAGCAACGUGGGCGACUUUGUUCCUGAUGAGGAGUGCAACAUGAAUCUGCGGCCUGUCGAUGUAGAGAACUGUGACAUGGGAGCAUGUGCCAAGAGCUGGUUUUACACUGAGUGGGGCAAUAGGUGCUCUGCUGAAUGUGGGAUGGGUGUACGGACCAGGGGAGUCCUCUGCCUGACCAACCACAUCAGUAGCCUUCCUCUGGAGGGGUGUGGCAGCGAGCGGCCGUCGGAUUCUCAGGUCUGCAAUAACGGACCCUGUGAGAAUCGCAUUGAGUGGUUCACAGGCCCCUGGAGCCAGUGCUCUGCAGAGUGUGGCGCGGGCAGCCAGCAGAGGUCAGUGGUGUGUCUGAUGAAGUCAGAUGACGGUUUCACCGUCAUGCCGCCAUAUGAGUGCUCCUCCUUGGAGCGGCCCCUCAGCCAGCAGAGCUGCAACCUGAAGGCCUGCGGAGAAAAGUGGUACCACACUGACUGGAGUGCUUGUUCAAAAACAUGCGAGGGAGGUUUCCGUGUGCGGGAGGUGCGCUGCCUCUCUGACGGCAUGCUGUCCAGUGAGAGCUGUGACGGGCAACUGAAACCAGCAGAGAGGGAGGACUGCAACCCAGAGCCCUGCAUACCCCUCAUAGAUGAGAACUGCAGGGACAAGUAUUUCAACUGCAACGUGGUGGUCCAGGCUCGCCUCUGCGUGUAUGAUUACUACAAGACGACGUGCUGCGCUUCGUGCUCACGAGUGUCCCACAGACAGUCGAUCCACCGAGGCCACAGCUAGCACUUUGUACCAGGGUCUCUCAGCUCCGUGUCGGGCCAGACUCAGUACCCGC